CUGUGCGUGAGUGUUCGUUCAGUCGUCAGAUUGAUGAAAAUGAAAAUGGAGCGGGAGAGAGAUGAUAAUAUUGAGUCAAGUUUUGAUAGUAUUGAGUUGAAUAACACUUUCUUCUCAGUCGCUGAUACCGAUAAUGCCAUGAUUCCAUUGCCAACUUCUUCCGGCUUUGUUCCACUCAACUACAACCAACUCUUUUUUGAUUUUGACUCCCACCACCCUUUUUCACCCCUUCCACUUGCACACUCCUCUCACCACCUCUCAAACUUCUUUUCCCAAUCUUCUCAUCCUUUUAACAACUCUUACUCUUCUUCCUCAUCCUCUCGGAAACGUCCUCGUUUCGACUCUUCCCUCUGUCCCAACCACUUAUUCUCGCCUCCCCUUCAACUGCAACGUGAGUUGGCUAGACAGCGCCGACAAAACAUCAGCGACAAGGUUCGGUGCUUGCAAAAGCUCAUGCCAUGUGACAAGAAAAUGGAUACAGCUACCACCCUUGAAGAGGCCUAUAAGUAUGUCCGAUUCUUGCAAGCUCAAGUUAAGGCUCUCUAUUCAAUGCCACUCGAGUCUAGCUUUGCUCUUCAAAACGACUUGGAUGGGCACCGUUGUGAACGUUUUGGCGGGUUGGAGAUGUUGAACAGGCAGCAAAUUUUACAGGUAUUGGUUAACUCUCCUGUGGCACAAACCAUGCUUUAUUCAAAAGGGUCUUGUAUUUUGUCUUUGGAGCAGUUGAUUUUGAUGAACAAACUUGCCCAGGCAAAGCUUUUUAUGCAGCAGCACCACCAUCAGUAGUUACUCAUUUGCUUUUUUGGCUUAUUACGGACUUGAAAAAGAAACUCCUAUCAUAUGCGCUUUUUGGAUUAUCAUGUCAAAACCAUAUUAUAUUCUAUAAGAAAAGGCCUAAGAGAAAUUUUGGGUGUUAAAAGAUGAGAGACGAAGGAAAUUUUAAUACUGUUGUGCUAUGGCGAAUUUUGCUAA